AUGUCUACAUGCGAUGAUAAAAUUAAUGUACUCAGUGAAACUCUUCUAUAUACAAGAAAGAAUAUUUCUUUUCAAACUAUUUGUGAUGGAUAUACUGAGUUAUACCCAGUAAUUAUUGAUGGACGAAAUGAAACCGAUGAAACUGAAUGUCAACAAUGGCCAUGUGAUAAUAUAUAUACUCAUUGUGAUGGUUUUUAUAAUUGCUGGAAUGGUGCGGAUGAACUUGGCUGUAAUUCCUCGCCACUAUUAAAUUGUCCUCUUCAUAAUCAUAUAUGUGUUUCACCUAUUACAAAUCAAUUUAUGUGUUUACCGAUUACAAAGGCGAAUGAUGGUAAAAUUGAUUGUCUGGGUGCAACUGAUGAACAACGACUGUGUCGAGUAAAAUGUUCACAUCCAAAUCUAUUGGACUCUACGAAUUUUUAUUGUAUCUACCAAAACUCUGGAAAAUGUAUCGAUUCUAAAAAUCUAUGCAAUAAGGAGAACGAUUGCGACAACGGAGAUGAUGAGCAAUUUUGUAGAAAAGAAAGUACAGCAGCAAGUGGAAGUCUUGAUUGGUUGCUUCACAACACAUUUCCAACUAAUGUUGAGAAUUUUUUACGUGAAAGUUCGACUAGCAGACCAAAACCAUCAACCGUACGUUUUACACUCAAUGAAAAAAGUCAUCUGAUUAAAAAUAGUCGCACAUAUCCCACAAAAACAAGAUCUACAUUCAUACCUAUUCUCAUCAUGCCACCGCAACGUCAAUAUCGAUGUUUCCGUGGUCUUGAUUUAAAUGUUUGGUUGAAUAAAAAAAUUGGUAUAUCGUCAGGCACAUGUCUCUGCCCACCUAGUUAUUAUGGUGAUCAAUGUCAAUAUCAAAAUCAACGAGUAAGUGUAACGAGCGCGUUUCGAACAUUAUCGGACUCUUGGGAAACACCAUUUGUAAUAAUUAUUUCACUUAUUGAUAAUAGUGAUGAACGAAUUAUUCAUUCACAUGAACAAUUUACUUAUUUAUUCAUAAGAGAUUGUGAAUUGAAAUUUAAUAAUUAUUUUAUUUAUUCAACUCGACCUAAAAAUCAAACUAAAAAAUAUGCAAUUCAUAUUGAUAUUUAUGAACAAAUCUCGUUAUCUUAUCGUGCAAGUUUUUUGUUUCCAAUUACUCGGCCAUUUUUACCGGUACAUCAUCGAACAUUUAUAAUAGAUAUUCCACGAAGUGAUAAUGUUCAAACAUGCUCAAGUCGUUAUUGUGUUCAUGGAAAAUGUAUAAAAUAUUCAAAUAAUCAACAAGCAAAUAGUUUUUGUCGAUGUGAACCAGGAUGGUCUGGGCGUUUAUGUACUAUUUCUCAUAAUUGUACGUGUUCAUCUGAUUCAUUAUGUAUUGGUGUAUCUGCUAAUAAACGAUCGAUAUGUGUAUGUCGCAUACAUAAAUUUGGUACUCGAUGUUUUAUCACCAAUUCAAUUUGUCAAACAAAUGAUAGUUCAACAUGUAACAAUCAUGGUCAAUGUAUUUCCUCAGAUGCAUAUAGAACAUCACAAAGACCAUUUACAUGUAUUUGUUCAAAAGGUUUUAGUGGUGAUCAAUGUGAAAUUGAAGAUAAUAAAAUUAUUCUAUCAUUUAACAAAGAUAUUAAAUUAUCACAAUCAUUAUUUAUUCAUUUUAUUGAAGUUAGAAAUAAAGAUACUCCACUAAGAAUAACUACACAUCAAACUAUUCCUUUUAUACAGCAUGAUUCACUUAUUAUUAAAUGGUCACGUCCAUUUCAUAUUGUUUUUAUUGAACUUUCUAAACAGAAUUAUUAUUUAACAAGUGUUGAAAAGAUUUAUAAUCAAUCAUCAACAAUAACUAAAUUAAUACAACCAUCAGAUCGUUGUUAUCAUAUAAGUGAACUGUUUAAUGAAACUAUUUUCAAAUUUCAUCUUCUUCGUCGUAUAAAAUAUUAUCAUUUACCAUGUCAAAAUUCAUCAUUUAAUCUCUCUUGUUUUUAUGAUGAUAUUCAUCUUUGUUUAUGUUAUGAUCAUCUUGAAACACGUUUGACUAACUGUUUCCAAUUCAAUCAUAGUAUGACAUUUGAUUGUUCAGGUGAGAAUGAAUGUAUCAAUGCAGGACAAUGCUUUCAAGAAACAGUACGCUGUCAUAAAAGAUCAAUGUGUGUUUGUCCUCUAUGUUUUUAUGGAAGAUAUUGUCAAUUUACUACUAGUGGAUUUGGUUUAUCACUUGAUAGUAUUUUAGGUUAUCAUAUUCGACCACAUACUACUAUUACACAUCAAUCAAACAUUGUAAAAGUAAGUAUAGCAUUAACUGUAAUCUUUAUUUUAGCGGGUUUUAUCAAUGGUAUACUUGCAAUGAUUACAUUCAAUAAUAAGAAAAUAUGUGAAGUUGGUUGUGGGUUAUAUUUAUUAGGUUCAUCCAUAACUACUCUACUUAUAACAAUUCUAUUUGGAUUGAAAUUUUGGAUACUUAUUCUAGCACAAAUGGCAGUUAUAUCGAAUGAAUUAUUUUUAAAAAUUCAAUGUAUUUCUCUUGAAUUUCUUCUUCGAAUUUGUCUUAAUAUGGAUCAAUGGUUAAAUGCAUGUGUUGCUUGUGAACGAGCUAUAACUAUAAUCAAAGGUACUCGUUUUGUGAAAAGAAAAAGUAGACAAGCAGCUAAAUUAAUUAUUGUUACUCUAUUGAUUUUUAAUAUUACCACAUUGAUUUAUGAUCCUAUUUAUCGACAGCUACUCGAAGAAAAGAAUAAUGAUAAUGAUGAUGAAAAACGAAUAUGGUGUAUUGUCGAUUAUUCACCUAGCUUACAAGUAUUUAAUUCUAUAAUGCAUAUUUUUCAAUUUUUUGCUCCAUUUAUGAUUAACUUGAUUUCAGCAAUUAUUCUUAUAACAAAAAAAUCUCAACAACAAUCAAAUGUUCAUACUAAACGAAACUUUAGAGAAAUUUUACGAGAACAGUUCAGACAACAUAAACAUUUAUUGAUUGCUCCUGUUCUUUUAGUUAUUCUUGCAAUACCACGUUUAAUUAUUACUUUCACAUCAAAAUGUAUGCAAUCAAGUAAUGAGUCAUGGUUAUUUCUUAUUGGAUAUUUCAUUACAUUUAUUCCACCUAUGCUUACUUUUGUCAUAUUCAUCCUACCAUCGAAAUUUUACAAAAAAGAAUUCAAAACAACUAUUACGCAAUAUCGAACCAAUGUAACGAAACGUUUACAACGACUAGUAUGA